GUUUAAGCCAUGAGUCAGGAUAUGGGCUAAUUUAUUGAGCCCACAUCUAACCCAUCUUUGAUUUGUCCUCUUUCAUUAUAAAUUUUCAAAACGUUUCUUUUUUUUAUAAUUUUAGCUAUAAAUUAUCAAAUCAAUCAAAUAGUUGAGCGGGAGCUUGAAUCAUCAAUCAAUUUGAACAGCAAUGGAUAACAAUCUUGAUCUUAAUUCCAUUAUCUGUGGAAUAAAAGAUCUGGAAGAAAUUUACAGUGGUUGCAAUGGAGAUACAGAGAUGCUCUCUUCACAUUCUGAUCAAGUCCUCGAAGAUUGCGCUCUUCACCUCGAGAGCAAAGUGCAGCAGAUUAUGUCUGAAUGUUCUGAUUUCAAUUUUUUAGGAAUUGAGGAUUUAGAUGCAUUUGUAGAGCAUUUGAAAGAGGAGCUGAGCACUACAAUGUCUGAGACUGCUAAGAUCUCUACUGAAAUCGAAGCUCUUAAUAGAAACCAUAUGGAAGAUUUUACCCGAUUGGAGAGUGAUAUUGAGAUGUUGAAAUGUUCGCUAGAUUUUAUUUCAUCAAAGGAUGUGGAAAAAGAAAAAGAGGUUGCAUGCAGAGAGGAUCUGUAUUCAACAGAUGCACACAGAGACUAUGAGUUUGAGAUUUCAAAGCUUGAUGAUCAGAUUGCGAAAAGCAAAAUGAUUUUGAAGUCUUUACAGGAUUUUGAUUCAGUAUUCAAAAGGGUUGAUGCUGUGGAACAGAUUGAAGAGGCACUGUCAGGUCUAAAGGUUAUUGAAUUUGAUGGCUCCUGUAUUAGAUUGUCAUUGCGGACUUAUCUUCCAAAAUUAGAUGAUGUAAUGUGCCAACAUAAGACUGAAGAUACUGCUGAGCCAUCUGAAGUAAAUCACGAAUUGCUGAUAGAAGUAGUUAGCGGAACUAUGGAGCUUAAGAAUGUUGAGAUAUUUCCAAAUGAUAUUUACAUAUCUGAUAUUGUUGAUGGUGCAAAAUCUUUCAGGAAAGAAUUUUUAUACUCAGCAUUAACUGAGUCAGAGACCAGGUCUUCCUUGGGGUGGCUUGUAAGAAAAGUGCAAGAUAGAAUUAUUCAGUUCACUUUGAGACGAUUGGUGGUGAAGAGUUCAAAUAAAUCAAGGUACUCCUUCGAGUACUUGGAUAGAGAUGAGACAGUUGUAGCUCAUUUGGUUGGUGGAGUUGAUGCAUUUAUAAAGUUAUCCCAAGGUUGGCCCGUAUCAAGAUCUCCACUGAAGUUGAUAUCCCUCAAGAGCUCAAACCACCACUCAAAGGAAAUUUCAUUAAGCUUUCUUUGCAGGGUUGAGGAAGUGGUGAAUUCCUUGGACAUACAAAUGCGGCUUAACCUGUUGAGCUUUGUGGAGGUUAUCGAAAAGCUGCUUGUUGAGCAAAUGCGCAUAGAACUGCAUUCUGACAGUGCUCCUAAAGUAUGAUUGCUUCCCUUACACCAUCAUGGCCUACUAUUAUAAACUCAUAUAUAUUAUUUUGGCAGUUGUUCUUGUUGAACUCAAUAUUGUAUAUAUUUGGCAUGUUCUCAUGCUUCAGCCAUAGUUUCUAAUGAUGUGCCAGAUGAUGUCUUGUUAUCUUAUUAUAAAUGUACUGUUUAAUUGUUCCUCUAA